CGGGCGCCCGGCCUCCGUCGGCCUCUCCGAACCUGGGCGACCGCGAUCCUGGAGCCGGGGAAAUCCAACACCCUCGCCACCAGGGCAUGACAUUUCGGAGCCGGAAAAAUCUCGCGCCCUCAUGCGGAGACACCCUGGGCGGAUUUCCGUUCUAAAAUCUGGCUAGUUUUCCCGGGAUUUCAAAAAAUCCGGGCGCCCGGCCCGCCGCUCCGUGAUGGCUUCGCUUCCGGGCGAGGCGAGCCUUGCCCCGAAGCGCCCACCCCGGCGCCCCCGGUUUUGGUUGCGCAGGCGGCAGGCCCUUCCCCUGCCGGUGUUUGUUUGCCUGCCUGGCGUCGGGCAGAGUUAAAAUUUAAAAACUCGGCCCGUUUUGUUUCGAUAGUCGGCGCCGCGAAAUUUUAAUUCUGGGCGCG